GGCGACCUUCACAGCACGCCCUCGAGGGCUUCUUUUUUCCCACCCCAACUAUUCAGCCUGGUCAGCCACAAUGGAUCCCAUUGUCGUUCCGAGCCAACUCGCCUUCCUGUUCCUCAUGGCGGUUGAACGAUUCAGCGUUCUCAAACCACCAUGGUGACGACCACUUAUCGUAUGGGGGGUUGGAUGGGGCGAUAAGUGCGCUUGGAGGAGGAUUUCAAGGUGAUUUAAUUUUGGAUUCGGAGGAUUUCGGGCAUAAUUUUGAUCAAGAUCUGGCGAAUGUUCCGAUCACUGCUGGUGGAGGACCGAAUCGAGAUCCGGGAGAGCUGCGUUCUGCACCCGCAUUGGCUGAUGGGCCCGCAGAGCAUUGUGUUACGCCUAUGCCCGCUUGGGCACAGUUUCCGAAUGUUGAUAGCGGGGGAAGCCUUGGUGGGCAGUUUAUGCCAAAUACCGAAGUUUCUGGACCAAGCGUUGAUAGAUCCAGCGCCUUAAAACACCCAGCAGCUGUUGCGGAUGCGAACGGUUUAAUAAAAAGCAGAGAAAGUUAUCACAAUUUUAAUCCGAAGUUUGCAGUUGAUUUUCAGAAUGGCUAUUUUCCCAACAACGGGCCUGUCCCUUCUUCAACAAGUUAUGAUUACUCGCUCUCUUUGCUUAGCCUUUCAUGUCAGCCUCAACAGGUUAAGGCUCACCAGUCUUUAUCAACCGAAGUCCCUGUUCAAACUGCAGCGCUCAGUGUUUCUUUUGAUACACCUCAGCAUAAUUCGGGGUCGUCGACGUCGUCAACUACACAGAGCCCACCUGAUUGUGUUUCGCGAACAAGCAGCUCGCGUCGAAAGAAGCCACGACUCGAUUCAUCAGACCCCGCUGAUGCUGCGGCGGAUCGACGCCGCCGUAACACCCUUGCUGCCAGGCGAUUUCGACAGAGACAGCAUGAUCGUAUUUCGCAGUUGGAACAGGCGCUUGAACAGGUUGCGAAGGAACGGGAUGAAUUGAAGGUGCAAGUUGCGAAGUGGGAAGGUGAAGCCACAGCGUUGAGGGGAAUGCUCGGGAAGAGGUCAGGAGGGAGUAGUGGACUAGGCUAA